GGUUUCAAAGUGCAAGUGAGAUUGAAAACGAUACCCUCUCUCCCUCCCCCCUCUUUUCUGUUUACCAAAAACCAUUUGCUAUCAAAGAACCAUCAAUACCCAAAAAUUCUAAAAAAGUUUUAUAUUUAUCCUAGUGUUUUUUCAUCUGUACAUGUACGUUUUGUUGUCCAAGAUUGAUGGAAUACCAACACUAGCAAGAACCAUUUUAUUCGAAGUUCAUAUUCACAUUUGACCUUUAGCUUUUCAAAUUACCUCAAAGAAGCUUCAAGUCAUUUUUCUGUCUCCUCCUAACUCUAUUUCUUUCUCUGCAAAAGUCUCCACUUAUCUUUCUGAUCACUAGAUAUCUUUCCAAGAAACGGAAACGGGCUUAGGAGGUCUAGAAAUGGCAGGGAAUGAAUGGAUCAAUGGGUAUUUGGAGGCUAUUCUAGACGUGGGAAGCAGCACAAGGAAGAAGAAUGAUGGAAAGCUGAAGAUUGAGAGGUUUGAAGAGGAAAAGUUAAAGGAACAGAAGCUGUUCAGUCCCACAAAGUACUUUGUGGAAGAAGUUAUUAACAGCUUUGAUGAGUCUGACCUCCAUAGGACAUGGGUCAAGGUAAUAGCGACAAGGAAUACUCGUGAACGCAGUAACAGGCUUGAGAAUAUGUGCUGGCGCAUUUGGCAUCUUGCCCGUAAAAAGAAACAGAUAGCCUGGGAUGAUGCGCGGAAGCUUGCUAAACGUCGUCUCGUACGUGAGCAAGGUCGUAAUGAUGCAGCUGAUGACUUAUCAGAGCUCUCCGAAGGUGAGAAGGAGAAGGGUGAUUCCAAUCUUUUGGAAUCUGCCAAGGACUUGUCCAGGAUCAACUCCGAUACUCAAAUUUGGUCAGAUGAUAAGUUCAGACAUCUCUACAUUGUCUUAAUAAGUAUACAUGGAUUAGUUCGUGGAGAUAACAUGGAAUUAGGGAGGGAUUCUGAUACUGGUGGUCAGGUAAAAUAUGUUGUUGAACUUGCUCGAGCUCUGGCCAAUACAAAAGGGGUUUAUCGUGUGGAUCUCCUGACCAGACAAAUAGCCUCACCGGAGGUAGACUCCAGCUAUGGUGAGCCCAUUGAGAUGUUGUCCUGCCCAUCUGACGGCAGUGGUAGCUGCGGAGCCUACAUAAUCCGUAUCCCUUGUGGUCCUCGCGAUAAGUACAUACCAAAAGAGUCACUUUGGCCACAUAUUCCAGAAUUUGUUGAUGGGGCUCUGAACCACAUUGUAAACAUGGCGAGGGUUCUAGGUGAACAAGUCAAUGGAGGAAAGCCAACUUGGCCUUAUGUGAUCCAUGGCCACUAUGCGGAUGCUGGAGAGGUGGCAGCUCACCUGUCUGGUGUCCUGAACGUGCCAAUGGUUCUGACAGGUCAUUCCCUGGGACGAAACAAGUUUGAGCAAUUGCUCAAACAGGGAAGGCUGUCGAGGGAGGACAUAAACACAACAUACAGGAUAAUGAGGAGGAUUGAGGCUGAGGAGUUGGGGUUGGAUGCAGCUGAAAUGGUGGUGACCAGCACCAAGCAGGAGAUAGACGAGCAGUGGGGAUUGUACGAUGGGUUUGAUAUCAAGUUGGAGAGGAAGCUGAGGAUCAGGAGACGUCGAGGAGUAAGUUGCCUUGGACGCUGCAUGCCGAGGAUGGCGGUAAUACCGCCAGGGAUGGACUUCAGCUAUGUUACGACACAAGAUUCACUGGAAAGUGACGGUGACCUCAAAUCAUUGCUUAGCUCCGACAGAAAUCAAAACAAGCGACACCUACCUCCAAUAUGGUCCGAGAUAAUGCGGUUUUUUUCUAAUCCUCACAAGCCUACCAUACUUGCGUUGUCCCGUCCUGACCCCAAGAAGAAUGUAACAACCUUGCUCAAGGCUUUUGGAGAAUGUCAUCGUCUCCGAGAACUGGCCAACCUGACAUUAAUACUAGGUAACAGAGAUGAUAUUGAAGGGAUGCCCGACAGCAGUUCAAUUGUGCUCACCACUGUACUCAAGCUCAUAGACAAAUAUGACCUGUACGGUCAGGUGGCCUAUCCCAAGCAUCACAAGCAGUCAGAGGUUCCUGAGAUUUAUCGGUUAGCUGCCAAAACAAAGGGAGUUUUCAUCAAUCCAGCUCUGGUGGAACCAUUUGGUCUCACCCUCAUAGAGGCAGCUGCUUAUGGUCUACCCGUUGUUGCCACCAAAAAUGGUGGGCCAGUGGACAUCUUAAAGGCACUUAACAAUGGCCUCCUAGUUGACCCGCAUGAUCAGAAGGCCAUAGAGGAUGCUCUCCUAAAGCUAGUCGCUGACAAGAAUCUCUGGAGUGAGUGCCGGAAAAAUGGCCUGAAGAACAUAAACCGUUUUUCAUGGCCAGAACACUGCCGCAACUACCUCUCCCAUGUUGAACAUUGUAGGAAUCGUCAUCCCACCAGUCGUCUUGAGAUUAUGACAAUUCCUGAAGAACCUAUGAGUGACUCUCUAAGAGAUGUUGAAGACAUAUCUUUGAGGUUUUCCAUAGAAGGAGAUUUCAAGCUUAAUGGUGAGAUUGAUGCGGCAGCUAAACAGAAGAAACUCAUUGAAGCCAUUUCCCAAACGGCUUCUUCAAAUGGCAAUCCCAGUUCUUACAGUCCUGGCAGAAGGCAGAUGCUAUUUGUAAUAGCUACUGAUUGCUAUAACAGCGAGGGAGGUACUACAGAGAAAUUUCAAGAGAUAAUCAAGAAUGUUAUGAAAGCUGCAGGAUGCUUAGGAUUGGGAAAGAUUGGCUUUGUAUUGGUAACUGGUUCAAGCUUAAGGGAGACUAUGGAAGCACUGAGUUCUUGCCCAGUAAAUGUAGAAGAUUUUGAUGCAUUGAUUUGUAACAGUGGAAGUGAAGUGUAUUACCCAUGGAUGGAUUUGGUUGCUGAUGGGGACUAUGAGGCUCACUUGGAGUACAGAUGGCCAGGUGAAAAUGUUAGAUCAACGGUAAUGAGGCUUGGUAGGGUGGAAGAUGGGUGCGAGGAUGAUAUCACAGAGGAUGCAGCUGUUUGCAGUUCCAGAUGCUACUCUUAUAACAUAAAACCAGGCGCCAAGACUCGAAGGAUUGAUGAUCUCCGUCAAAGGCUUCGAAUGAGAGGUUUCCGAUGCAACCUAAUCUUCACACGUGCAGCAUCAAGGUUAAAUGUGGUGCCAUUAUUUGCAUCAAGAAUACAAGCACUAAGGUAUCUUUCAAUUAGGUGGGGGAUCGAUCUUUCCAAAGUGAUUGUGUUUAUGGGGGAACUAGGGGAUACAGACUAUGAAGAGCUGUUGGGUGGCCUUCACAAGACUCUAAUUCUGAAAGGCUCAGUUGAGUGUGGCAGUGAGAAGCUUCUCCGCGGUAAGGACAAUUUUAAAAAAGAAGAUACAGUCUCAAUGGAGAGCCCUAACAUCAACUAUGUAGAAAGUUAUGAAGCACACAACAUUUCAGCAGCUCUUGGGACUCUUGGGAUAAAGUGAUUAGUUUGCCUUGCCUUUCCUUUAUCACCCAUUAUCUUUCCUAACAUUUAUCAAAGCAUGUACCACCGAAGAUAAUGAUAAAGUGACAAUGUACAAUUACUACAUAGCAAGAAUAUAUAUCUAAACUUGUAAGUAACUCCAAAUAACAAUAAUAUACAUCUAAACUUGUAAGAAAUCUCCAUUGGUGCA